AUGGACGAACAAAGAAGUGAGAAGACGGAAACGUCGAAGAAGAAAAGGACCGUCGUCGUCACAGGUUUCGGCGUCUUCCGCAGCUACAGCUCGAAUCCUUCCUGGGAGGCUGUCAGCCGACUACAGCCGAUCGACCAGUCUCGCUCGCCGGGGAUUGAGCUCGUCAAGAUUCAGGUGCCGGUCGUGUACGAGGCGGCGGAGCGCGAGGUGGCCCGCAUCUGGGAGCAGUACCAGCCAGAGCUAGUGGUCCACUGCGGUGUCUCCUGUCGGGCCACCUGUCUGACGCUGGAGAAGCGGGCGGUGGAGAACCUGGAACGCUACUGCUCGCCCGACGUGAACGCCUGCAAGCCCCUCGAUGAGCUGAACAACAACAACAGCAACAACAGCUCAGCGGAAUCUCAACCCCAUCUCAAGUACUUCUGCACCGAACUCGAUGUG